AGCGUAUUGUAUUACUGUAUUGGUGCCCGGGGUUUAAUCGGGUAACUUCUCUCAUUUUUCUCAUGGAUGAAGCCGAGUUGAAGUCGAAGAAGGGGCCUUUGAGGCUCUGCUCUAUCUGCAACCAGAGGAAGCCCGCCCUCAAAAGACCUAAAACUCUGGAACAGAUAUGCAAGGAAUGUUUCUAUGCCGUCUUUGAGGAGGAGAUCCACCAGGUUAUUGUGGACAACCAACUUUUCAAGCCUGGAGAACGUAUCGCCAUCGGAGCUUCUGGUGGUAAAGAUUCCACUGUCCUUGCUUAUGUAAUGUCAGAAUUGAAUCGUCGCCACAAUUAUGGACUGGAUCUCUUCCUAUUAUCUGUUGAUGAAGGGAUUACAGGGUACAGGGACGACUCACUGGAGACUGUUAAAAGAAAUGAAAUUCAGUAUGGCCUGCCACUGAAAGUUGUCUCAUACAAGGAUCUGUAUGGAUGGACGAUGGACGAAAUAGUGAAGAUGAUAGGCUUAAAAAACAAUUGUACAUUUUGUGGGGUCUUUCGCCGUCAGGCCCUUGAUCGAGGUGCUGCACUGCUAAAAGUGGACAAGUUGGCUACUGGGCAUAAUGCAGAUGAUAUUGCCGAAACCAUUCUCUUAAACAUUUUACGAGGUGAUAUUGCAAGAUUGAGUAGAUGCACUUCAAUAACCACUGGUGAAGAUGGACCGAUCCCAAGAUGCAAGCCUUUCAAGUAUACCUAUGAGAAGGAGAUUGUUAUGUAUGCAUAUUUCAAAAGGCUGGACUACUUCUCAACUGAAUGCAUUUAUUCCCCUAAUGCUUACCGUGGGUUUGCUCGAGAAUUUAUCAAGGAUUUGGAAAGAAUAAGACCGAGAGCUAUACUCGAUAUUGUGAAAUCGGGUGAAAAUUUUAGGAUUUCAACUUCAACUAAAAUGCCAGAGCAGGGAACGUGUGAACGCUGUGGUUAUAUUUCCAGUCAGAAGUGGUGUAAAGCAUGUGUUUUGUUGGAGGGAUUGAAUCGAGGUUUGCCAAAGCUAGGAAUUGGGCGUACCCGAGGGCUUAAUAAUGGCCAUUUGGGAGUUGAACAAACAACAAAAAUGAGCGUGCAGAGCAAACAAUGUGGAACAUUGGACUUCUAAGCUGUGUUUGGUAUGCAUUCUUGGAAUAGAUCCUGGGUCUAGAAUGUAUUAUGAAACCCAGUUUUUCUCUAUUUUCUUGCUUCAUAAUGCAUUCCAAACCCAAAAUUUAUUCUGAGAAUG